UAAACAGAAAAUAAAUCAACCUAACUUAAACCCUCUUUUCUCUGGGAUUUCGCUCUUCGUUCUGCAGAUACCCGACUCCAAUCCUCAAAAGAUCCAUCAAUUUUCUAUCACUUUCUCGAGAAAAAAGAUUAAACAAACUUUUACCAGAACAACGAAAAAUGUCGCACAGCGACACAAUCCCUCUCCACGCAUCCUCCCAAUCCGACAUCGACGAGAUCGAGAACCUAAUCAACGCCAGCGUUCAAUCCGCCCCGGCAACUGUCCUACCGGCCCGUCCGCCCAGCCCGCCACGUAUCCCUGUCUCUUCCUCUCCAUUUAUUCAGUCGAAUCUCCCUCCAUUGCCACCGUCAGCUCAGAAACCGUCGUCUGUCCCAUCUGUACCAGCGGCUCCGCCCCCGCCGCCUGGCAACUCACAUUCGAAUAUUGGUGUGUCUGGAUUUGGGUCGCCUCCGAAUACGUUGACGGAACCUGUGUGGGAUACGGUUAAGAGAGAUCUGUCGAGGAUCGUGAGUAAUUUGAAGCUUGUGGUGUUUCCUAACCCGUAUAGAGAAGAUCCCGGGAAGGCUUUGAGGGAUUGGGAUCUUUGGGGCCCAUUUUUCUUCAUCGUGUUUCUGGGGCUCACUCUCUCAUGGUCUGCUUCUGUGAAGAAGUCUGAAGUUUUCGCUGUUGCAUUUGCGCUACUUGCAGCUGGCGCUGUAAUCUUGACAUUGAAUGUUUUGCUACUGGGUGGACACAUAAUUUUCUUCCAAAGUCUGAGCCUUCUUGGUUAUUGUCUCUUCCCUCUAGACGUUGGAGCUCUAAUCUGUAUGUUGAAGGAUAAUGUGAUAGUCAAAGUGGUGGUGGUGUGUGUGACAUUGUUUUGGAGCUCAUGGGCUGCCUAUCCAUUCAUGAGCUCAGCCGUCAACCCAAGAAGAAAGGCUCUUGCUCUUUACCCUGUUUUUCUUAUGUACGUAUCUGUCGGUUUCCUCAUCAUUGCCAUUGAUUAAUGCACAACAAACCCUAUUGUCAAGAUCUUCAUAAAGAAUUGAAACUUACAUGCAGUACAUAGAAAUUUUAUGUGGUGGUUAUUUUUCCUCUCAUGUAACGUAACUGUAUUUUUUUUUUUUUUUACUUAUUUUGAACUCAACAUGUUAUGGCGACUCAAUCUGCCAAUGUUAUACUAGUACAAAACUUUAAUGCGGUUCUGUGUUCGUGUCA